AUAAUUUCUAGCAAAAACGGAUAGUUAAGUCUUCAGUCCCUUAAAUUUGCAACUAUUAUAAAAGCAAAGAAACAAAAAACAUAGAAUCAAACAAUUGCACUCACUUUGUUGUUAAACUAGAAUCGUGGAGCGUGUGAAACAAGAGAGUGUUCAAAAGGGAAUAAUUCCUUCUGUUUUAGGGUUUAUUCAAAGACUCAUCAAAUCCUCUUUCACCAUGGUUACCAAAGUCAGAAAACCUUCCCACGCUGGUUCUUGGUACACCAACAAUCCUAAGGAGCUUUCAGAAGAACUGGAAGGGUGGUUGAAUUCGUGUGGUUUGACAAAGUCUUCUGAUGUACGGGGUGUAAUAGCACCACAUGCAGGUUAUUCCUAUUCAGGACGAGCUGCAGCAUAUGCAUUUGGAAACAUCGAUCCGUCUAACAUCACGCGUAUUUUCCUACUUGGUCCUUCUCACCACUAUUACACUACAAAAUGUGCUCUUUCAACUGCAACAGUCUACAAGACACCCAUUGGAGACCUGCCUAUUGAUUUGGAAGUAAACGAGCAGCUUAAAGCUACGGGAAAAUUUGACAUGAUGGAUAUUCGAGUUGAUGAAGCUGAACAUAGCAUGGAAAUGCACUUACCAUAUCUUGCUAAAGUAUUUGAAGGGCACCCGGUGAAAAUUGUACCCAUUUUAGUUGGUGCCAUUAGUGCCGAGAGUGAAGCUAUGUAUGGAGAGAUUCUUGCUCAAUUUGUGGAUGAUCCCACUAAUUUCUUCUCUAUUUCUUCAGAUUUUUGUCACUGGGGAUCUCGAUUCAAUUACAUGCACUAUGACAAAAAACACGGGCCUAUUUAUAAAUCCAUUGAGGCGUUGGACAAGAUGGGGAUGGAUAUCAUAGAAACUGGAGACCCUGAUUCAUUCAAAAAGUAUCUGUUAGAAUAUGAAAAUACAAUCUGUGGGCGCCAUCCAAUUAGUGUUUUUCUCCAUAUGCUGAGGAACUGUUCAAUAAAGAUAAAAAUCAAAUUUAUUCGCUACGAGCAGUCCAGUCAGUGCCAUAGUUCAAAGGACAGUAGUGUUAGUUAUGCAUCUGCAGCAGCAAAGGUUGAUGAAUCAAGCUCUAAUUGAAGAUCUACCCUUCUUUGAUGAGGCGUUGAGAAUUCUGAUUUUCUUUUUAACUGACUAUUUAUAUUUAAGCUUUGAACAAAUGUCCAUUUGUUCCUUGGUUGUAGAUUAUUAUCACUAAAAUAUGUAGCUUACUUUUAGACUGGUGGUAAGUUGUUGAAAAUAAUGAAAUUCCAUUAUACUCCCGUUUGGCAUUCGAAGCUAACAUGCUUGGAAAGUUGUGACUUUGAACAUAUGAUUUGAUCAUGUCAUUAUUGCAGAUGUUAAAUUGUUAA